CAAUCUUACAGGCAGUGCUGUGAGCAGCCUUGCUUUGGGGUGCUGAAUGAAAUAAGCGGAAGAGCCGACAGACGGAAGUGGUCUGUCAGGGAAGAACAUUUUGCAGAAUUAGACACAAAGAAGCUAAAACAAAUUUUAUAUUUCGAUUUAAACGUAUUCCCCAGUCCAUACCAGUGUCCGCUGCAAUGAUUCUGCUAGAAAUCAACAACCGGAUUAUAGAAGAGACGCUGACGUUGAAAUUUGACGGCGCAUCCAAUGGGUGAGAAAUCAAUGUUCCAGGCUAACGUUAGCUAGCUACCGAAUAGCUAACAGUAGCCUUAUCUUAAUGUCUGGCCAGUAUUAUUUGCUCGACAAUGAAAGAUGGAUGGAAAAUGUGCGGCUGGUGGAAUUGACAGAACAGUGACUAUAGAUUUGACACGUACAGUCAUAUUCUGGUUUAACUGAAUAAAGUGGCACUCUCCUCAAAGACAUCGCUUUGCCGGAAUUAUGGGGUGUGUCUGUCACUGUCUUUAGCUAUGGCUAGCUAGACUGUCUGAAAGCUGUCUAGCCCCCAAAAGGGGUGGAAAGCUAAGCUAACUGUAGUUUACGUGUGCUUGUCGGCAUCCCCUCAUUUAUUGUCCCAAUGAACUGCCAAUUUUUCAUUUAUGAUGGUGGCUUUCACAUAAAACAUGAAACAUGUCCAGCCAUGUUGUUAGCUAGCUAGCUAUCUACCUUAUCACACUGGCUGCUAUGCUAAUCACCGCAAUAAAAGGGAACCUGCUUUUCUAGUUCAUGGUAGCUAGUUAACUAGUUUGCUUUCAUCUCUCCUCGCUUUGAAUUGAGAAAGAGAACGUGUCGUUAUUGGUUAACAUUGUAUUAGCUAGAGUCGUUAAAUUGCAGGAAAUUAUAGAAAUGAAUUCAGGAUAGUCCGACUAGCUAGCUAACAUUCUAUUAGCCAUCGCCUUGUUGGCCUCUUCCGCAUUCCAGCAUCCCCAAGCUGGGUCAUGUCAGUGCAACUCUCUGGGUCGAGUCACUGCAGCGAAUGCAUUUAUAGACAACUUCUAAACCCCAAGGAGUGGUUUCUUGAAAUACAUUUGCAAGUUGCACGAAAACCAAAAUGGUUUUACAAGAAUAAGCCAAAAUGGUAACUGCUGCAGAAUAUUAUUAUACUGGCAGCAAAUUAAGCGUUGUCUAUAGUUAAGCCUACUCAACAAAACAUGACCGAAUUUGUUAUAUUAUCAUGCAUUCAGUUUCGUACAUAUUUGACAUAUAAUCCUCAAUUUGCAGGACUAAACCAGAGGCAGUGGAGGUGACAUUUGCAGGUGAGUUAAGGACUAGUGGUUCAUAUUUCCACGCAGUACCAUGCAGUUAUGACAAUAUUAUGCUAUUUCCAGGAGUGAGUUGUCCAUGUGGAUGCUUGUUUGUAACUGAUGGCUUUUCUCUGAACUGUAGAUUUCGAUGGUGUCCUCUACCACAUCUCCAACCCCGAUGGGGACAAGACCAAGCUGAUGGUCAGCAUCUCCCUCAAGUUCUACAAGGAGCUGCAGGAGCACGGAGCUGAUGAGGUGACAUACACACACACCAGCAUCUGUACCUCCCUUGGUCUUCAUUCAAUCUACAGAGAUGUCCCGUGUAGCUCAGUUGGUAGAGCAUGGCGCUUGCAACGACAGUGUUAUGGGUUCGAUUCCCACGGGGGACCAGCAUAUGUGACUGACUUGCUCGAUUCGGUCUUAUGUAGCAACAUUUCAAAUUGUGUUUUUUACAUUGGAUAAAAGUAGAGACUGAGCUAGAAAAUGGUAUAUCAUACACUACAGUUGAGGAACAAUGGGGAAAGUAAUUCUGCUUUGAAAGUUGAUAAACUUGUAACCUCACCUUUGAGAAAAUGGCCCUUGAAUGUUUUGGUACCUACUGGAGAGCUCUUCUUUGUCUACACCCAUUCAGCAUCAUUCGCACCCUUUGAGGUAUUAGCCCCACCUAUCUCAUUAAGGAUUCACAUGUGAGGCUAUGUACUAAACAACCAAAGAUUUCAAGACUAAAGGCUGUUUUAUACUACGGGUGUGUUCGUAAAUUUAAUCUGGAGUGCCAGAGUGUGCUCUGGGCUUUCGUAAACUCAGAGCGUUGUCAGAUUGGCCGUUUGUAAAUUCAGAGUGUUUCGCUCUCGGAGCGUUCAGAGCGCACACUGGACGCUCUGGCUGAAAAGUAGGGUUGAGCCGAGCGUUCUGACCUAACAACAGCAGUCAAGCACCCAAGCUAACUGGCUAACGUUGACUAGCUAGCUAGCUACUUCCAGACACAAAUGAGAGAACAGCUCACUCUGACCAUUCUACUCACCGUAGCAGAGCUGGUUAGGCUGUUUUUAUGUUAUCUAGAGAGUUGGUGACUAACUGUGCUGCUGGCAACAAUUUAAUAACGCUUUUUUGCCAACGUUUACUGACACCGGCCAUAUUCAACGGGUGUUGAGUGUUCUUAAAUUCAUCAGUUAUUCUGCGCUCUGGCACACUCAGAUGAGAGUGCUCUGAAAUCGGAGUAGAUAGGCCGGAGCGAAUUUACCAGCUACGUCUGUCGACAGUUGUCGCAGUGACAUCAUAAACAUUCUAUUGAAAUAGUUACUUGCAUAGUGGAGUCUUUUGUUUAGACAUGUAGCUAACUAGCUAAACAAUUAACCAUAAUCACAACUCAUAACGUUACUACCCUCCAUGAAUCUGCAGGUAGCUAACCAACCAGGUUUGAUGUUAGCUAGCUAACAUUAGGCUAUAACUAGCAAUGCAAAUGGCUCUGAGAUACUAAUAAUAUUACUACACAGAUCAUACACGGGAUGCUGACCUUCUAGGCAGAGUUGCAAAGAAAAAGCCAAAUCUCAGACUGGCCAAUAAAAAUAAAAGAUUAAGAUGGGCAGUCUGAGAUAUGGCUUUUUCUUUGCAACUCUGCCUAGAAGGUCAGCAUCCCGGAGUCGCCUCUUCACUGUUGACGUUGAGACUUGUUUUUUCGGGUACUAUUUAAUAAAGCUGCCAGUUGAGGACCUGUGAGGCAUCUGUUUCUCAAACUAGACACUAAUGUGUUUGUCCUCUUGCUCAGUUGUGCACCGGGGCCUCCCACUCCUCUUUCUAUUCUGGUUAGAGCCAGUUUGCGCUGUUCUGUGAAGGGAGUAGUACAGUGUUGUACGAGAUCUUCAGUUUCUUGGCAAUUUCUCGCAUGGAAUAGCCUUCAUUUCUCAGAACAACAAAAGACUGACGAGUUUCAGAAGAAAGUCCUUUGUUUCUGGCCAUUUUGAGCCUGUAAUCGAACCCACAAUUGCUGAUGCUCCAGAUACUCAACUAGUCUCAAGAAGGCCAGUUUUAUUGCUUCUUUAAUCAGCACAACAGUUUUUAGCUGUGCUAACAUAAUUGCAAAAGGGUUUUCUAAUGAUCAAUUAGUAUUUUUAAAAUGAUAAUUUGGGAUUAGCAAACACAACGUGCCAUUGGAACACAGGACUGAUGGUUGCUGAUAAUGGGCUUCUGUACGCCUAUGUAGAUAUUCCAUAAAAAAUCUGCUGUUUCCAGCUACAAUAGCCAUUUACAACAUUAACAAUGUCUACACUGUAUUUCUGAUCAAUUUGAUGUUAUUUUAAUGGACAAAAAAAUGCUUUUCUUUCGAAAACAAGGACAUUUCUAAGUGACCCCAAACUUUUGAACGGUAGUGUAUAUCAUUUUUACAAGUAUGAAAAUGUAUGCGCUCACUACUGUAAGUUGCUCUGGAUAAGAGCAUCUGCUAAAUGACAAAUGUAAUGUAAAAAAUGAAUGCUUGAAAGGUAACCCAUGGCACUCAUCAUAGUUGUAGUUUAAAAUGUGUGUCAGAGUAGAUGUAUUUAUUUUAUGUGAAAAAGGAGAAAUGUCUGUAAAGCAGGAUGUCGGGGCUUUUUACAUCCUCACCUUGUAUGGAAGAAAGCAGCAGUGGUUUCUUAUAGAAACAGGAAGUGCUUUCUGACUCACCCUUUAGGGAGGAAGUGCUGACUGAGACAGCAAAACGUUGCCUAAUGAACACCAUGACUGCCUUCUAGUAGUCUACCAGUUCUUGUGUUCUUACUGUCUGCGAGCACUACUGUCUGCGAGCACUACUGGAUCAAAGGACUGGAUAGGUUUCAACAGUAUUGUUUUUACCUGUCCAGCACUUUAAGAUCAUGGAGGAAAAGAGCUGUGGAAAGGAAUACCUAUAUCACUUGCUGCACAGUGGUGUGUUUUUUAAAGAACCAGAUCAUCUCCCAGUCCUGUCACCUGACCAUAGAAAAUGAAUGUCUGCCUUCAUUGCCUUCUUCAUUGUAAUGGUAUAGAAAGCUAGUUUAACUACUGCAAAAACAAAAUGGCCUUGUGAGAACAUGUUCAACUAAUCUAGUGUUGUCCUUUUCAGUCACUCAAUGUACAUUUGGUACACCUUGUCACCUUUCUUCACUAACCCACAACAAAACACAUUUCGCGUAGACAUGUUCCACUUUACAUGUUCCGUAAUAGAUUUACACAAUACAUAAAUACAUGCGUCACAAUGGUGCACUCUUGCAGUUUUACUGUAAAGGGAACUGAAUUGCAGUGCAGCUUCUUAUAAUAAAAGUUAUGUCCUAUCCUCUGUUUUGACAUGUGUAAGCUGGAUUUGCAUAUUAUCUCCAUGUUUGUUCAGGACAUGAUUCCACAUUGACAGGUAACCUUUUUUUUUAGGGGAAUGCCUAUGUUCUCCCGUUACCGUUAUCUACACUGAGACAUCCACCCCUAGCAGUCUACUCCAGCUCUCUGAUGUUGCAUAGCUGGUGUCUGACUCUGUUACUGUCACUAAUAACACACCAAAUCACUCCCUCCUUUCAGCUGCUGAAGCGGGUCUAUGGGAACUUCCUGGUUUCACCCGAGGCAUGUAAGUACUACGGUCCACUCCCUAUGUAAGUUAAGUAGUAUGUAACUACAGUCCACUCUCCCUAUGUAAGUUAAGUACUAUGUAACUACAGUCCACUCUCCCUAUGUAAGUUAAGUAGUAUGUAACUACGGUCCACUCUCCCUAUGUAAGUUAAGUAGUAUGUAACUACAGUCCACUCUCCCUAUGUAAGUUAAGUAGUAUGUAACUACAGUCCACUCUCCCUAUGUAAGUUAAGUAGUAUGUAACUACAGUCCACUCUCCCUAUGUAAGUUAAGUAGUAUGAAACUACAGUCCACUCUCCCUAUGUAAGUUAAGUACUAUGUAACUACGGUCCACUCUCCCUAUGUAAGUUAAGUAGUAUGUAACUACAGUCCACUCUCCCUAUGUAAGUUAAGUAGAAUGUAACUACGGUCCACUCUCCCUAUGUAAGUUACCCCGGUCACAAUGUUAAUGACUCCAACUACUCAGAGAAUGAUCGACAGCGCGUCAUACAGCGUGUCAUACAGCGUGUCAUACAGCGUGUCAUACAGCACGUCAUAUAGGCUAUAUGAAGUGCUAUCACUUACGGAGGUCCAACGCAGUGCCUGUUGUGACUAUAGCCCUAUUUACUCGCCUUGCACAAUUUUCACAUUUUGUUGCGUUAUAGGUACAACAUAAAGUGUAGACACAUUCAAUUAAAAUAACACGAUGCACCCAGAUCCUCCUCCAUGAUUGGAACUAUAGAUGGUGUUUACUGGGUGAUACACUGUGUUUGGUUGGCACCAGGUCUAACGCUUUGCAUUUAGGCCAACACGUCGUUCGUUUUUUUGCUUUGUUGCAAAGUCAAUGCAGAAUUGUAUUAAUAUUUAUUGUCAUUUGCUAUAGGCCGGUUUUGACCCCCAUUCCCCUCAGAGAUUGACACACGUUUGACACAUGUCAUAGUUUGUAAACCUCUUACAAAUAAUUAUUCUAGCGAUAAUAAUUAUAUCGAACAAUAACUGAUCUUGUCUGUGAUUGGCCGUCUCCUAGGCUACAACGUGUCCCUGCUCUUUGACCUGGAUGCGGUCCCGGCCAACAAGGAGGAGGUGAUCCACCAGGCGGGCAUGCUGAAGAGGAACUGCUUCGCCUCGGUGUUCGAGAAGUACUUCAAGUUCCAGGAGGAGGGCAAGGAGGGAGAGAAGAGGGCUGUGGUCCACUACAGAGACGAUGAGUCCAUGUAGGUGGCCGCUGCACUGCCUGGAAGAAAAUGUAUAGAAGUAACCAUAGACAAAAACAAGGAUGCUAUUUGUUGUUAACCACUAAAAGUCUUAGCCUUUGGGUGGUUGGGGGGAGCGGUUCUACUAAAACAUAUGGCAUUUUUUAAAGAUGGUCAUACCAUAUAUCAUUUAGCUAUUUGAUUUUGAAUUAUUAGGAACCCUGUAGGUAUCAAAACAAUUACUUGUUAAAAUAUUGAAUUUGGCCUUUACUGCUAUAGCCCAUAGAAACACAUUGAAUAACACAUUCAUAAAUGGCAAAAUAGUCAAAAAAUAAAUAAUAAGGAAUAAGGUUUUGAAGUGUCCUAUAUAUAAGAAAGCGCAGGAUAUAUAUAUGACUCAUUGCUGGCCACUUCAGAACUCUCCAGCGCUUUGUUGCCAUCCAUUUCUGGGUGCUUUUUGAAGUAUGUUUGGGGUCAUUGUCCUGCUGGAAGACCCAUGAUCUCGGACGCAAACCCAGCUUUCUGACACUGGGCCCUACAUUGCGACCCAAAAUCCUUUGGUAAUCCUCAGAUUUCAUGAUGCCUUGCACACAGUCAAGGCACCCAGUGCCAGAGGCAGCAAAACAACCCCAAAACAUCUUUGAACCUCCACCAUAUUUGACUGUAGGUACUGUGUUCUUUUCUUUGAAGGCUUCAUUACAUUUUCGGUAAACAGUAGAACGAUGUGCUUUACCAAAAAGCUCUAUCUUGGUCUCAUCUGUCCAUAAGACGUUCUCCCAGAAGGAAUUUGGCUUACUCAUGUACAUUUUGGCAAACUGUAGUCUUGCUUUUUUAUGUCUCUGUGUCAGCAGUGGGGUCCUCCUGGGUCUCCUGCCAUAGCGUUUCAUUUCAUUCAAAUUUCGACGUAUAGUUCGCGCUGACACUGAUGCACCCUGAGCCUGCAGGACAGCUUGAAUUUCUUUGGAACUUGUUUGGGGCUGCUUAUCCACCAUCCGGACUAUCCUGCGUUGCAACCUUUCAUCAAUUUUUCUCUUCCGUCCACGUCCAGGGAGAUUAGCUACAGUGCCAUGGGUUGCAAACUUCUUGAUCAUGUUGCGCACUGUGGACAAAGGAACAUCUAGAUCUCUGGAGAUGGACUUGUAACCUUGAGAUUGUUGAUAUUUUUCCACAAUUUUGGUUCUCAAGUCCUCAGACAGUUCUCUUUUCCUCUUUCUGUUCUCCAUGCUUAGUGUGGCACACACAGAAACACAAUGCAAAGACUGAGUCAACUUCUCUCCUUUUUAUCUGCUUUCAGGUGUGAUUUUUAGAUUGCCCACACCUGUUACUUGCCCCAGGUGAGUUUAAAGGAGCAUCACAUGCUUGGAACAAACUUAUUUAUCCACAAUUUUGAAAGGGUGCCAAUAACUUUGUCCGGCCCAUUUUUUUAGUUUUGUGUGAAAUUAUGUCAAAUUUGCUUUUUUUCCUGUUUUUUUUUGUGUUAUUCCAAUACACACAAAGGAAAUAAACAUGUGCAUAGCAAAACAUGUGUAAUUUCAAUACUUUUCUGUGAGAAAUACUUCAUUUUCUGGAAAAAUUUCAGGGGUGCCAACAAUUUUGGCCAUGACUGUAUAAUGACACACACAUUUGUUUUUGUUUUUUGGCAGGCACAAAACUACUUCCAUAUUUUUUUGUUGUUGCCAUUACCGGGUUACAUUCAGACGAUUCCUGUGUCACUUGUGUGGGUCGUAGAACAAAACGCAGAACACCAUCGUGUUCGUGAGACUCUCCCCUUUCCAUAGUGGGGAAAUUCGUUUUCUAGGCCAAACCGUUCAGACGCUACAGACGUUUUUGUGAGAAGAACGAUUUUCGGGAUGUCUCCUGGUCUGACAAACACCACUGUAGCUCUGCCACUUUCCAGCGCAGAUGCGGAAGGCCGACAUUGUCUUAAUUAGCGUUAAUCGACUCUAGAGGGUUUAAAAAACCGUCCGGGAUUUGCAUAGAGAAUACAUUUGGUUACAAUGAAACAGCACAAAGGCUAUAUAUAUAUAUAUAUAUAUAUAUAUAUAUAUAUAUACAGUGAGGGGAAAAAAGUAUUUGAUCCCCUGCUGAUUUUCUACGUUUGCCCACUGACAAAUAAAUUAUCAGUCUAUAAUUUUAAUGGUAGGUUUAUUUGAACAGUGAGAGACAGAAUAACAACAAAAAAAUCCAGAUAAACGCAUGUCAAAAAUGUUAUAAAUUGAUUUGCAUUUUAAUGGGGGAAAUAAGUAUUUGACCCCCUCUCAAUCAGAAAGAUUUCUGGCUCCCAGGUGUCUUUUUAUACAGGUAAGAAACUGAGAUUAGUAGCACACUCUUAAAGGGAGUGCUCCUAAUCUCAGCUUGUUACCUGUAUAAAAGACACCUGUCCACAGAAGCAAUCAAUCAAUCAGAUUCCAAACUCUCCACCAUGGCGAAGACCAAAGAGCUCUCCAAGGAUGUCAGGGACAAGAUUGUAGACCUACACAAGGCUGGAAUGGGCUACAAGACCAUCGCCAAGCAGCUUGGUGAGAAGGUGACAACAGUUGGUGUGAUUAUUCGCAAAUGGAAGAACUGUCAAUCUCCCUCGGCCUGGGGCUCCAUGCAAGAUCUCACCUCGUGGAGUUGCAAUGAUCAUGAGAAUGGUGAAGAAUUAGCCCAGAACUACACGGGAGGAUCUUGUCAAUGAUCUCAAGGCAGCUGGGACCAUAGUCACCAAGAAAAUAAUUGGUAACACACUACGCCGUGAAGGACUGAAAUCCUGCAGCGCCCGCAAGGUCCUCCUGCUCAAGAAAGCACAUAUACAGGCCCGUCUGAAGUUUGCCAAUGAACAUCUGAAUGAUUCAGAGGAGAACUGGGUGAAAGUGUUGUGGUCAGAUGAGACCAAAAUCAAGGUCUUUGGCAUCAACUCAACUCGCCGUGUUUGGAGGAGGAGGAAUGCUGCCUAUGACCCCAAGAACACCAUCCCCAUCGUCAAACAUGGAGGUGGAAACAUUAUGCUUUGGGGGGGGGGGGUUUCUGCUAAGGGGACAGGACAACUUCACUGCAUCAAAGGGGCGAUGGACGGGGCCAUGUACCGUCAAAUCUUGGGUGAGAACCUCCUUCCCUCAGCCAGGGCAUAGAAAAUGGGUCGUGGAUGGGUAUUCCAGCAUGACAAUGACCCAAAACACACGGCCAAGGCAACAAAGGAGUGGCUCAAGAAGAAGCACAUUAAGGUCCUGGAGUGGCCUAGCCAGUCUCCAGACCUUAAUACCAUAGAAAAUCUGUGGAGGGAGCUGAAGGUUCGAGUUGCCAAACGUCAGCCUCAAAACCUUAAUGACUUGGAGAAGAUCUGCAAAGACGAGUGGGACAAAAUCCCUCCUGAGAUGUGUGCAAACCUGGUGGCCAACUACAACAAACAUCUGACCUCUGUGAUUGCCAACAAGGGUUUUGCCACCAAGUACUAAGUCAUGUUUUGCAGAGGGGUCAAAUACUUAUUUCCCUCAUUAAAAUGCAAAUCAAUUUAUAACAUUUUUGACGUGUUUUUCUGGAUUUGUUUUGUUGUUAUUCUGCCUCUCACUGUUCAAAUAAACCUACCAUUAAAAUUAUAGACUGAUCAUGUCUUUGUCAGUGGGCAAACGUACAAAAUCAGCAGGGGAUCAAAUACUUUUUUCCCUCACUGUAUAUAUAUAACUUUUUAUUUAUUUAUAUAUAUAUAUAUAUAUAUAUAUAUAUAUAUAUAUAUAUAUAUAUAUAUAUAUAUAUAUAUAUACACAAGAAAAACAUAUUUUUUUAUGCCAGUAUUCCAUGUCAACGAGGUGACUACCGGUUGUUGACAUGUUUCUGUGUUUCUCCUCAGGUAUCUGGAGGCCAAGAAGGACAGAGUGACGGUGGUGUUCAGCACAGUGUUCAAAGACGACGAUGACGUCAUCCUUGGGAAAGUGUUCAUGCAGGUAAAACAAUAUUUCUCUCUCAGGUUUUCAUGACCCUUAACAGGAACCGCCUCACACAUUAUUAAAACGAGCUUGGCAACACAAUGUACGGUACAAAAUGAUGUAAUUACAAUACAGUAUGUAGUUGUCCAUAUGGUUGUGAAAAGGGGAAAGGGUACCAAAGUAUCUGUUUGCACUGUUGCCCGAAGGUAGUUCACCACAGUGAUGAAGAAACCCCAUCCCCUCUCUGUGUCUGUCUAAAUGCUUUAUGAAAUAUCUUAUUUGCUCUCUACACUAUUAGGUAAUUGUCAUGUGUGGAUGGAUGUGUGUGUGGAUGGAUGUGCGUGGAUGUGUGUGUUUUGUGUCUCGCUCUCUGUGUGUAGGAGUUUAAGGAGGGUCGGCGAGCCAGUCACACAGCCCCCCAGGUUCUGUUCAGCCACCGGGAGCCGCCCCUGGAGCUGAAGGACACUGACGCUGCCGUCGGAGACAACAUCGGAUACAUCACCUUCGGUCUGUACCAACCAAAUUCCAGUUACUUUCCCCAAAUUCCCAGGUUUUCCAGAAAUCCAGGUUGGAGGAUUCUAGAUUUCCUGCUUAUGCCCUUCUAAUUCCUGGAAUCUUCCAAACCGGAUUUCGGUCCUACCUGGGAAUUACAAGGGUGUACUGUACAAGAUAGUACUUAGAGCUGAAUUGUGUGACCGUAAGAAACAACAGUUUACUUAUACUAGACAUGCAGAUAACCGGCUCUGUCUAGUGACAUGAUAGAAAGUAGUCAGUGGAUGAACAUAUUUGCUUGAAUAUCAGGUCAGUCAUAAGCCUAAUUCCAAUGUCUUUGUGUUAAUGUGUGAUCUUUCUCCUGUCCUGUCAGUCCUGUUCCCACGUCACACCAAUGCCAACGCCAGAGACAACACCAUCAACCUCAUCCACACCUUCAGGGACUACCUGCACUACCACAUAAAGUGCUCCAAGGUGACUUCCCUAACUAGUAUACUAACUAGGACCAUAUUAGUCCCAACUUCUGUACUGCCCUAACUAGGGCCCUACCAUACCUGCACUACCAUGUAAAGGGACAGAUUCUGGACGCAGAUUAAGCCUAGUCCUGGACUAAAAAGAAUGGUCAGUGGAGAGUCUCCCUUGAAUAUAAAUGUAAUCUGUAUCCAGUAAAACGCCUACUCCCCUAACUAGGGUCCUACUUAACCUGCACUAACUACUCCCCUAACUAGGGCCCUACUUUACCUGCACUAACUACUCCCCUAACUAGGGCCCUACUUUACCUGCACUAACUACUCCCCUAACUAGGGCCCUACUAUACCGGCACUAACUACUCCCCUAACUAGGGCCCUACUUUACCUGCACUAACUACUCCCCUAAAUAGGGCCCUACUUUACCCUGCAUACUAUACUUCCCCUAAAUAGGGCCCUACUUUACCUGCACUAACUACUCCCCUAACUAGGGCCUUACUUUACCUGCAGUAACUACUCCCCUAACUAGGGCCCUACUUAUACCGCACUACACUACUCACUCCCCUAACUAGGGCCCUACUAUACCUGCACUAAACUACUCCCCUAACUAGGGCCCUACUUUACCGGCACUAACUACUCCCCUAACUAGGGCCCUACUUUACCUGCACUAACUACUCCCCUAACUAGGGCCCUACUUUACCUGCAGUAACUACUCCCCUAACUAGGGCCCUACUAUACCGCACUAACUACUCCCCUAACUAGGGCCCUAUAUUACACCUGACUAACUAUCUCCCCUAACUAGGGCCCUACUAUACCGUGCACUAACUACUCCCCUAACUAGGGCCCUACUAUACCGGCACUAACUACUCCCCUAACUAGGGCCCUACUUACCUGCACUAACUACUCCCCUAACUAGGGCCCUACUAUACCGGCACUAACUACUCCCCUAACUAGGGCCCUAUUUUACCUGCACUAAUUACUACCUACUAGGGCCCUAUUAUAACCUGCACUAACUACUCCCCUAACUAGGGCCCUAUUUUACCUGCACUAACUACUCCCCUAACUAGGGCCCUACUAUACCGGCACUAACUACUCCCCUAACUAGGGCCCUACUAUACCGGCACUAGCGUGGUAAAACCCUGCAGUCUCAGUGAUCAUGAAGGUUUCUGAUGGGGUUUCCAUCGUAAAAGGUUACGUGCGUGUGGUCAGAUUCCUGCCUGGUAUGCGUUGAGGUCACUCAUUUAGGUUAUAUAAGGUUACAAAAGGUUGACUGCCCCAGAAUCAAGGACUUCAGCAAAGAUGUUUGUUUUUAUGCACCGUUUGUGAAGUGAGCCAGUGAUCCUGUAUUCUAAAGGAUCUGUGUGUCUGUCACAUCGUAUUGACUACAGGCCGCACCACACAAGAUGAUGACAACAGGAUGUUUUUGUGCGGAAUCUGCGGAUGGGUGUCUGCCUAGGCACAGUUUCAGCCAUGUGACUGAUGCAUUGCUGACUAUAUUCUAUUCUCUUGUUUGGGGAACUGUUAUGUGACGCUGGGUGUAGGGUGUCAUUGUCACUUUAAUAAUGGAACACUAGUCACUUUAGUAAUGGAACACUAGUCACUUUAAUAAUGUUUACAUAGUGUUUUACUCAUUUCAUAUGUAUAUACUGUAUUCUACUGUAUUCUAGUCAAUGCCACUCUGACAUUGCUCGUCCUAAUAUUUAAAUAUUUCUUAAUUCCAUUCUUUUACUUUUAGAUUUGUGUGUAUUGUUGGGAAUUGUUAGAUACUACUGCACUGUUGGAGCUAGGAACACAAGCAUUUCGCUACACCCGCAAUAACAUCUGCUAUGUGACCAAUACAAUGUGAUUUGGUUCGGUCAGUUAGUGUGCGUGUCAGUGAGCUGUUGGUUCAAUAGGUGUGUAUUAAGGGUUGUGUGUCUCUGUCCCUCCCCUCCAGGCCUACAUCCACACACGUAUGAGGGCUAAGACUUCUGACUUCCUCAAGGUGUUGAACAGGGCACGACCCGACGCUGAGAAGAAGGAGAUGAAGACCAUGUCGUAAGUUACUGCUGCUGCUCACUCCAGCGUUGGAGUGCUGAUUUAAGAUCAGUUUUGCCUUUUAGAUUACAAUGGAUAAUAUUACAUGUGUAUGGGGGGGGGGGGGGGGUGAUCCGAUCCUAGAUCAACACACCUACUCUCAGAUGCUUUUAGAAUAUGGUCCCAUACCUGGACUGUGCCUGAUUGAGCUUUCCUGGAACUAGCGGAAUAGUCCCACCUGACAGGCACUCCAGCCAAGGCUCCAUCAAAACGCUCAAAGUAUUUUAAAAAAAAAAAACAUACUAUUUGGACCCAGAUCUGGCUUAUUCCACUGUCAGCCAUUGGGUUCACUGGGAUGUGAGUUACCUAACGUUACCUCUAGCACCAGUCCACACACAGCACUGCCUGUAGGACACUUCAUAUGAGAAAGUCACCCAGAUGGAACUGUGAGUGUGGCCUGUUCUCAUAAGAUGUAACUGUGAGUGCGGCCUGUUCUUAUAAGAUGUAACUGUGAGUGUGGCCUGUUCUCAUAAGAUGUAACUGUGAGUGCGGCCUGUUCUCAUAACAGAUGUAACUGUGAGUGCGGCCUGUUCUCAUAACAGCUGUAACUGUGAGUGUGGCCUGUUCUCAUAACAGCUGUAACUGUGAGUGCGGCCUGUUCUCAUAACAGCUGUAACUGUGAGUGCGGCCUGUUCUCAUAUCUCCCGUUUCUUUUCGUUUAUCAAAGAGAUCAGUUAUCAUUUAAUGAUGCACACUGACUUCUUUCACCAUGUCCCCAGAUCUUAUCGUCCCUGGUAAUGCUUAAUUUCUUUUCUGCGUGAAUGUUUUCACGUCCCUCGCCCACCUCGACAUUCCUUUCUUAGUUAAAUACCAACGCCGAAUACACACACUCACCAGCGCCUGUGUGGUGAACAGCACAGUCAGAUGGAGAGAGAGAGCCUGGGUAGAAGUGUGCACUGUCACGACAUCUCUGGUACCAAGUUGCAGCCGUUGCCCAAACCACAGCUGAUAAAUGAAUGGAUUGUAGAGAUUCCUUAGAAGCUGAUCAAAGAAUAGAUUCUACAUAUUCCUUAGAACCCUCCUGUAAUGUUGUUGUGUCUGUGGGCUACUGUGUUUGUAAGGCCGGUCUUGUCUGAACAGUUGUAUGUUUGUGUUUGUUCCUUGUGUGUGCUACUAUAACUGCUUUGACACUAGCAACGCUGUUUGAAGUAGGCUUGGGUGGAAUUUGAACAAGGUUCCCCCACCCCUCUCUCUCUCACACACACACACAGUUUGGUCCCUAUCGCUGUGUGGGAUCUGUGGAUCCGACCAGUGCUCCCCCUCUCUGUCUGAAACAGAAGAGCCCUUGUCUAAAUAUGAAUAUUUAACUGUGACUCCGGGGGAACUCUACGCCACUGUUCCUCAGGGAGCUCAGCUCUGGGUGGAAGCAAGCAGGGGUGUAGUCUUGUUUCACAAUCUGGGAUUUGGUCAUCGGUAGUUGACAUAGUCGGUUCAACAUUUAGUUGGAAGGUGUGGUAUCUGUUCUUAUGUGUUUUAAUCAAAUCAACUAUAUGCACUGAGCUUGUCUGAUGCUUUAAUCAAACUGUUUGAUUAAAUAAUUAAGACACACAAAUGACUAGAGGGAGUCCGACCGCAAUUGAUUUGAUUGUACCGGGCCGGGCUCAGACUUGCUGCGCUUUGUUCAAAAGAAAAAAAACAGCAAGUGACUGUGACCCGUUGUCUCUCUCUCCUCCCUGCUGCAGCGACCACCACACAUCAACAGUGUGUAUAGCGCUGUCCGUGUCGCUGAAGCUGCAACAUAAUUACAGACAUUUCUGAAUGAAAAGUUAUGUUACCGAAAUCCCUAAUUUGUUUAGGAAAAACAUUCUCUAUUCCCUAAACCCUUGCUCUUUCUACGUGACAUGUAUACUUCGCAUGCACGUGACCAAUAGGGCCUGACCUAUAGCAUAGCAUAGCAUAAUCACAUCAAUAAAUUGGUUAUAACAAACUCUGAACACCAUAAUACAUGGAUGCAGAGGACAUGACAAAUACAUUUGAAAUGGGGGAAUGUUUACUGGUUGUGCAGGAGGUAAAGGGGAAGUCAGAUGUGUGGAAUAAAUUUGACUUUCAUAUUUUGUUGUUACAGCCUGAAUUUUUAAAAUUGAUUAAAUUGCGAAAGAGAAAAUUGUCACUGGCCUCCACACAAUACCCCAUAAUGUCGAAGUGGAAUUAUGUUUUACAUUUUAUUAAACAAAUUAAUAAGAAAUGUAAAGCUGAAAUGUCUUGAGUCAAUAAGUAUUCAACCCCUUUGUUAUGGCCAGCCUAAAUAAGUUCAGGAGUAAAAAUGUGCUUAACAACUCACAUAAUAAGUUGCUUGCGCAAUAAUAGUAUUUUAACAUGAUUUCGGAAUGACUACCUCAUAUCUGUACACCACACAUAGAUAAUACAUUUUAUCUGCCUUCAGCUAUAUCUUUCAACUGCAACAUUUCAACAAGUUUGUCACCUAGCCAGCGCCAGCGAGGAGCUUACCUUGGAUCUCACGUGGCAAGAGGGUUUUCCUCUAAAACACCUAGAAGUAGUAAUGCCAAGCCCUCUGUAGCCAAUAAAGUGUCUGUGUGGUCCCUCUGGGACAAGAUUGGCUAACUGUUUUUUUAUGUCUGUUUUCAGGGGCAAGACGUUCUCCCGCUGAGGCUGGUCCACACGCGCACUCUGACCCCUAGACACGCCCAAUCGCGCCACACCAAGAAUCGACGCCACAUUGGACAGGAUCACAGGCCCCACCCCGCCCCUAAAGCCCCGCCCAGCGCGUGUCCAUCCUGUGUCUUUUUAAAAUAAAGUUGGCUCCUCUUUGAAUAAAGUUGUCUCUUCUUAGGGAAAUCCAGGCUUAAAAGAAUAAAAAGGGCAUUCCUUGCUUUGCAUAGUUGAAAGAGAAUUAUUAGUCCUAUAUAAAUAUAUAUAUAAAAAAAUGAAAUGUUUUGAUACGAUAUCUUUUACUCCAUUUGGUACUCUCUUGCCUUGCUGACUCGCUCUCUCGCUCCCUGGUGGUGUCCAUAACAUCAGAACCCCUCCUCUCUCCCUCCCUCCCUGGUGGUGUCCAUAACUUCAGAAUUCCUCCUCUCUCCCUCCCUCCCUGGUGGUGUCCAUAACAUCAGAACCCCUCAUCUCUCCCUCCCUCCCUGGUGGUGUCCAUAACAUCAGAACCCCUCCUCUCUCCCUCCCUCCCUGGUGGUGUCCAUAACAUCAGAACCCCUCCUCUCUCCCUCCCUGGUGGUGUCCAUAACAUCAGAACCCCUCCUCUCUCCCUCCCUCCCUGGUGGUGUCCAUAACUUCAGAACCCCUCCUCUCCUCUCUCUCCCGCCCUCCUUGGUGGUGUCCAUAACUUCAGAACCCCUCCUCUCCUUCUCUCUCCUUCCCUCCCUGGUGAUGUCCAUAACUUCAGAACCCCUCCUCUCUCUCUCCCUCCCUCCCCGGUGGUGUCCAUAACUUCAGAACCCCUCCUCUCUCUCUUCCUCCAUCCCUGGUGGUGUCCAUAACUUCAGAACUCCUCCUCCCUCCCUGGUGGUGUCCAUAACUUCAGAACUCCUCCUCCUCUCCUCUGUCUUUCUCCUUCCUCCUCUAUAUGCUUCCAUAUUGUCUGUACCAUUGUCAUUGGAAAAAUAAACCAAUCUUAUAAAAAGCA